UCAGUCAUGGGUCGUCCUGGGAGUCAGAUCUGGACAUGGACACUGUGUGUCGUCUUCAGCGGGAUGUGUGUCGCUCAAGUGCUGGGAGGACCGCAGUACAUGGUGGCCGUCCCUGCGGUCCUUGAGGCUGGAGCUGAAACCAAAUUCUGCGCAAGCCUCCUGCAGCCCAAUGAGACUCUGACCAUGUCUGUCACGCUCGAGGAUGGAGAGACGAAGGACGAGAUUUUCAAAAAUUCAUCCAGCUCAGCGUUUCAUGAAUGCAUUAACUUUAAGGUUCCUCUCCUGGCGGAUAACAAGGUGGUGAAGUUUGUGGUGCUGUUGCAAGGAAACACAUAUUUCUCAAAGGAAAUCAGAAAAGUCAUGGUCAAAACCUUUCAGCCAAUGACAUUCAUCCAAACAGAUAAACCACUCUACCUUCCAGGACAAACAGUGCAUUUCCGAGUCGUUACACUGGACACCAAGUUCAGACCAGCCAGUCGUGUGUAUGAUGUGAUCGAAAUUGAGGAUGCUAAUGAUAACCGGAUUGCACAGUGGAUCAAUAAAACAUCCAGUGAAAGAAUACUGCAGCUUUCAUACUCACUGAAUUCUGAGGCCCGUGAAGGAGAUUACCAAGUUAUCUUGACUGUUGGCGACGAAAAGAAAUAUCAUUCUUUCACUGUGGAGAAAUACGUGUUGCCUAAAUUCGAUGUGAAAAUAAAUACAUCUGAUAGAGUAAAUAUUCACCAGGAAGAAAUGGAAGUAGAAGUAUGUGCAACAUAUACAUACGGACAGCCUGUGCCAGGCAGUGUUAGUAUUUCAGUGUGCCGACCUCUUAAUCGGUAUUAUGGUACAUACCACACCAGUCACACCAGUAACCCAGACCAAAUCUCUGACAUCAAGCCACCCUGCUACGAGGAGAUAAAGAAGACUGACAAGAAAGGCUGUGCCACUUUUGUCGUCAAAAUGUCGAAUUUCAAAAAACUUCACCAGAAAGUGUUGCAAGACGUCCUGGACCUGACUGCUGAUGUAGAAGAGGAAGGCACAGGCAUUAAAUUUACACAAAGGAAGAGAGCUGAUAUUGCAUAUGUUAUUGGAAAACUGUCCUUCAUUGACACACCCAAGAUUUAUGAAAAAGAAUCAAAUUUGGAGGGGAAAAUUAAAGCGCUCCACUACAAUGAUACGCCCAUCGCUGACUUGGAUCUCUACCUGUUUAGGGGUGAGAGGUGGUCAGCAGAACUCAUACAGAAUCUCACCACAGACAAUGACGGUGUCGUCACUUUCUCAUUUAGCACAGUUAACCUCACUGGGGACAUCACACUUCAAGUUAACAAUAAACCCACACUGGGCUACGCUGGUUACAGAACUCCGUACUAUGAAACAAAUGACCAUGUGGUGUCUAUGGUCCAAGAAUCCUCUCCGGACACCAAACCAGUCAGCUCCCUGCAGGUGCAGGCUAAGGAUAAAAAACUGUCUUGUAACAAAGAAGAAGACAUCACCAUCAAAUACACAGUCGUAGGAGAGAAACAGGGCUCUGCGAUGCUGAUGUACCUGAUAUUAUCAAAAGGAUCCAUAAUCAAUCAAGGAUUUAAACAGGUUGAUGUUCAAGAUCAAACAGUGACUGAGGGUGAAGUGUCCUUCAAGUUGAAUGUGGACUCAGAGAUGGCUCCAAAAAUCCAGGUGUUGGCUUACAUCGUCCUCCCCAGUGAGGCUGUGAUCGCCCACAGUGCUGACUUCUCCACAGAGAAAUGCUUCCGUCACCAGGUGUCGCUGGAGUUUUCUCCAUCCUCGGCAGUCCCAGGAGAGGAGACCAACAUGAAGAUAAAAGCUCUGCCUGACUCUUUGUGCGGCAUCAGUGCUAUCGACCAGAGCGUCCUCAUCAAGAAGCCAGGAAGGACUCUGGAUGCAGACAAGAUAUUUGACUUGCUGCCAUCCAGCGGUUACGUUCCCUAUGAGGUUUUGGAUUCAGUGCCAUGUUUGCAUGUGAGACCAAGAAGAUACAUUUUGCCAAAUCCUGGUAACAGACAGGAUGCUCAUACAGUUUUUGAGCAUGCAGGAAUGAAGGUUGCAACAAACUUGUUUGUUAGAAUGCCUUCAUGCCUCUCGUUUAGAGGAAGAGAAUACCACGAGGGCAGUGUUGGUUACAGAAUGUAUGACAGUGUUCCUGUAGUAGCCCAAAUGAAUAGAGUCGCAAUGGCCUCACCCGGUGUGGGUGGAAGUUUUGGAUCCUAUGCCGAUCCUCCACCAAUAGAGACUGUCCGCACUUUCUUCCCUGAAACUUGGAUAUGGGACCUGGUGGGAAUCGGAGCAUCUGGAACAAAGGACGUGUCCCUCACUGUCCCAGACACAAUCACCACCUGGGAGACGGAGGCUUUUUGUUUGUCCCCCGAGGGCUUCGGCUUAGCUCCACGUAAAGAAAUCACUGUCUUCCAGCCCUUCUUCCUUGAACUCACCCUGCCCUACUCCAUCAUCCGCGGGGAGCAUUUUGAACUCAAGGCAACCGUCUUCAACUACCUGUCCAGUUGCAUCAUGGUCGCUGUCACACCAAAGCAAUCCUCAGAUUACACCCUCACCCCACUUUCUGGUGACCAGUACACAUCUUGUUUGUGUGGCAAUGAGCGUAAGACCCUCAGGUGGACCAUGACUCCUUCAGCUUUAGGGGUUAUGAAUGUGUCAGUGACUGCUGAAGCGGUGGUCUCCCACGUCUCAUGUGACAAUAACAUUGUGAGCGUGCCUGACAGAGGUCGUAUCGACGUGGUCACUCGAUCUCUCAUAGUAAAGGCUGAGGGAGUUGAGAUGUCAAAGGUCCACAACGUGCUGCUGUGUCCUAAAGAUGAGGUUUUGACAGAGGCAGUAGAAAUACAGCUCCCUGAGAAUGUGAUCGCUGGAUCUGCCCGAGCUUCCGUAUCAGUCCUGGGUGAUAUUCUGGGUCGAGCCCUGAAAAACUUGGACGGGCUGCUGCGGAUGCCGUAUGGAUGUGGGGAGCAGAACAUGGCGCUCCUGUCCCCUAACAUCUACAUCCUGCACUACCUGAAAAACACAGAGCAGCUGACCCCAGCCAUCUUGGAAAAGUCUACCAACUUCCUGACCAGUGGCCAUCAGAGGCAGCUGAACUACCAACAUAUUGAUGGUGCUUAUAGCACAUUUGGAUCAGGAGCAGGAAACACUUGGCUGACUGCUUUUGUGAUGAGGUCCCUUUCCAAGGCACAGUCGUUCAUCUUCAUCGACCCAAAGAACAUUGAAGCACCUCGUUCUUGGCUGGAAAAUAACCAACGGGGAAAUGGAUGUUUUGUGCAGUCAGGGAAACUUUUUAACAACAGAAUGAAGGGUGGUGUGUCUGAUGAAGUGACCCUCACUGCUUACAUCGCUGCUUCUCUCUUGGAGAUGAAUGUGUCCGUUGAUAGUGAAAUGGUGAAUAAGAGUCUGUCCUGCCUCAAAGAGUCUAUCGAUGGUCUCAGCAACACGUACACUGCAGCUCUGAUGGCGUACGUCUUCACCCUGGCAGGAGACAUGGACACCCGCGCUCACCUUCUGCAGCAACUCGACUUAACUGCAAUCAAACGAGACGGUUUCCUCCACUGGUCUCAGACUGAAAAAGACACAUCAGCCUCUCUGUCUGUGGAGAUCAGCUCAUAUGUAAUGCUGGCCAAACUCAGUGCCUCCCCCACUGCUGAAGAUCUGGGCUAUAGCGUUGGCAUCGUCAGAUGGCUGACGACCCAGCAGAACUAUUAUGGAGGCUUCUCAUCCACACAGGACACAGUGGUGGCUCUCCAGGCUCUCGCUCUUUACUCCACUCUGGUGUUCAGUCCAGGCGGCUCCAGCACAGUGACUGUCCAGGCCCCGAGUGGUCAGCUGAUGUUUGAUGUGAACCGGAACAACAAACUGCUUUACCAGGAGAAUUCACUGCAGGAUAUGACAGGAAAGUACGACGUGGAGGUGAAGGGCAGCAUGUGCGCUUCCAUUCAGAUUUCUCUCCACUACAACAUUCCAACUCCUAAAGAGGCCACAGCACUCAGUGUUUCGGUCAAACUGGUGGUGCAGUCCAACUGCGACAGUCGAAAACUCGGUCUGAUGCUAACGUCUCUCUAUCAAGGAAAGGAGUCCAGCACAAACAUGGUGAUCCUGGAUGUCAAAAUGCUGUCUGGUUUCGUUCCAGACCCAGUGUCUUUGAACGCUCUCAAAGGAGCCUUGCUUGUGAAUCGUGUUGAACAGAAGGAGGAUCAUGUUUUGGUGUAUUUAGAAGAGUUGCCAAAGGACAUUCCCAUCCACCACACUUUCAGUAUCAUAAGGGAGCAACAAGUGGAGAACCUGAAGCCAGCCGUGGUUUCCCUCUAUGACUACUACCAGCCAAGUGACAAGGCUGAAACAGAAUACGUCAACGUUUGUGCCACAGGUUGAACAGAGAAGAGGUUGUUUGCGUCUUUCUGUUCCUUGUAAAGACAUAUUUUGUGUUUUGAUGCAAGAUUACUAAAUACAGAUUUACUCUCCAACUACUCUGUUACUGAAGGGAAACCUGUGUAUCAUGGAGAAUAAAAGAUUUGAUUUGAGUGUUCCACUAAAA